CGUCAUGGCUGAUUCGGGGUCCGGCGUGCGGCUCUCCCUGCUGCAGCUGCAGGAGUCCUUGUCGGCCUCCGACCGCUGCAGCGCGGCGGUGGCCAGUUGUCAGUUGCUGCGUGGUCUGGGGCAGGAGUGCGUGCUGAGCUCCGGCCCGGCGCUGUUGGCAUUACAGACUUCCUUAGUUUUUUCCAAAGAUUUUGGUGUGCUUGUAUUUGUUCGGAAAUCACUUAGCAUUGAUGAAUUUCGUGAUUGUAGAGAAGAAGCCUUAAAGUUUUUAUAUAUUUUCUUAGAAAAAAUUGGCCAGAAGAUCACACCUUAUUCUCUCGAUAUUAAGAAUACUUGUACCAGUGUUUACACAAAAGAUAAAGCCGCUAAAUGUAAGAUUCCAGCCCUAGAUCUUCUUAUUAAGUUACUUCAGACUUUGAGAAGCUCUAGACUCAUGGAUGAAUUUAAAGUUGGAGAAUUAUUUAGCAAAUUCUAUGGAGAACUUGCAUUGAAAACAAAAAUAUCAGAUACAGUCUUAGAAAAAAUAUAUGAACUCCUAGGAGUACUAGGUGAAGUUCAUCCUAGUGAAAUGAUAAAUAAUUCAGAUAAACUCUUCCGGGCUUUUCUGGGUGAACUUAAGACCCAGAUGACAUCGACAGUAAGGGAGCCCAAACUGCCUGUUGUGGCCGGGUGUCUGAAGGGACUGGCUUCGCUUCUGUGUAACUUCACCAAGUCCAUGGAAGAAGAUCCCCAGACUUCAAGGGAGAUUUUUGAUUUUGCAUUAAAGGCAAUCCGUCCUCAGAUUGAUCUGAAGAGAUAUGCGGUGCCUUUGGCUGGCCUGUGCUUAUUUACGCUGCAUGCCUCCCAGUUUAGCACUUGCCUUCUGGACAACUACGUUUCCUUAUUUGAAGUCCUGUCAAAAUGGUGUAGCCAUCCAAACAUGGAAUUGAAAAAAGCUGCACAUUCAGCUCUGGAAUCUUUUCUGAAACAGGUUUCUCUGAUGGUGGCCGGCGAUGCUGAGAAGCACAGGAGCAAGCUGCAGUACUUCAUGGAGCAGUUCUACGGGAUCAUCAGAGACAGCGAUGCCAGCAGCAAGGAUUUGUCUGUCGCCAUUCGUGGAUAUGGACUGUUUGCAGGGCCUUGCAAGGCUAUAAAUGCCAAAGAUGUUGACUUCAUGUACGUGGAGCUCAUUCAGCGCUGCAAGCAGCUAUUCCUGGUGGAGACGGACACUGCUGAGGACCACGCCUACCAGAUGCCCGCUUUCCUCCAGUCUCUGGCCAGCGUCCUGCUUUACCUGGAUACACUUCCUGAGGUCUAUACUCCGGUUCUGGAACAUCUUAUUGUUGCACAGAUAGACACUUUUCCACAAUACAGUCCAAAAAUGCAGUCUGUGUGUUGCAAAGCCAUAGUGAAAGUGUUCCUGGCCUUAGCGGAAAAAGGACCAGUUCUCUGGAAUUGCAUUGGUACUGUGGUGCAUCAGGGUUUAAUCAGAAUAUGCUCUAAACCAGUGGUUCUUCAAAAGGGUGCGGAGUCUGAAUCUGAGGAUGCCCAUGCAUCAGAGGAAGUUAGGACCAGAGGGUGGAAAGUGCCCACAUACAGAGACUACUUGGAUCUUUUUAGAAAUCUCCUGAGCUGUGACCAGACAAUGGAUUCUCUUUUAGCAGAUGAAGCAUUUCUCUUUGUGAAUUCCUCCCCUCGAAGUCUGAGUCGUAUGCUGUACGAUGAAUUUGUAAAGUCAGUUUUGAAGAUUGUGGAGAAAUUGGAUCUUACACUAGAAAGGCAGAAUGUUGCAGAGAAAGAGGGUGAAAAUGAAGCUACUGGUGUUUGGGUGAUCCCAACUUCAGAUCCAGCCGCUAAUUUACAUCCUGCUAAACCUAAAGAUUUUUCAGCUUUCAUCAACCUGGUGGAAUUUUGCAGAGACAUUCUUCCUGAGACACACAUAGAGUUUUUUGAGCCAUGGCUGCACCCCUUUGCAUAUGAGAUAAUUCUGCAGUCUACACGGUCACCGCUAAUUAGUGGUUUCUACAAAUUGCUUUCUGUUGCCGUGAGAAAUGCCAAGAAGAUAAAAUAUUUUGAGGGAGUUGGUCCACAGAGUCAGAAACAGUCUCCUGAGGACCCAGGAAAGUAUUCCUGCUUUGCUUUGUUUGCAAAAUUUGGUAAAGAGGUGUCGGUUAAAAUGAAGCAGUACAAGGAUGAACUUCUGGCCUCCUGUUUGACCUUUGUCCUGUCCCUGCCACAUGCCAUCAUUGAACUUGAUGUCAGAGCCUACGUCCCAGCACUGCAGAUGGCGUUCAAGCUGGGCCUGAGCCACACCCCACUGGCAGAAGUAGGCCUGAAUGCCCUGGAGGAGUGGUCCGUUUGCAUCUGCAGAGAGGUGAUGCAGCCCUAUUAUAAGGACAUUCUCCCCACCCUUGAUGGAUAUCUGAAAACUUCAGCCUUAUCAGAUGAGACCAGGACUAACUGGGAAGUGUCGGCACUUUCUCGGGCUGCCCAGAAAGGAUUUAAUAGAGAUGUGUUAAAGCAUCUGAAGAGGACCAAGAACAUUUCAUCAUUGUCUGCACAUUCGCAAAGUGAAGCACUGUCCUUGGAAGAAGUACGGGUUCGAGUUGUGCACGUGCUUGGCCGUCUUGGAGGACAAGUCAACAAAAAUCUCCUAACAGGGGUGUCCUCGCGGGAUUGUCUGCGGAAAUGCGUGGCGUGGGACCCACAGCGGAGGCUCAGCUUCGCGGUGCCCUUUCCGGACAUGAAGCCUGUGGUCCAUCUGGACGAAUUCCUGCCUCGAGUCUCAGAGCUGGCGCUCUCAGCCGGCGACCGCCGCACCAAGGUUGCAGCCUGUGAACUUCUGCAUAGCAUGGUUGUGUUCAUGCUCGGAAAGGCCAACCAGAUGCCUGACGGGGGCCAGGGCCCGCCCCCGAUGUACCAGCUGUACAGGCGCACCCUUCCAGUGCUGCUGCGUUUGGCGUGUGAUGUGGAUCAGGUGACAAGGCAGCUCUUUGAGCCGCUAGUCAUGCAGCUGAUUCACUGGUUCACCAACAAUAAGAAGUUCGAGAGUCAGGACACUGUGGCGCUCCUAGAAACGAUACUGGAUGGAAUUGUGGACCCUGUUGACAGUACUUUAAGAGAUUUUUCUGGUCGAUGUAUUCAAGAAUUCCUCAAAUGGUCCAUUAAGCAGACAACACCGCAGCAGCAGGAGAACAGUCCAGUAAAUACCAAAUCGCUUUUCAAGAGACUGUACAGCUUUGCACUUCACCCCAAUGCUUUCAAGAGGCUGGGAGCUGCCCUUGCUUUUAAUAAUAUCUACAGAGAAUUCAGGGAGGAAGAGGCGCUCGUGGAACAGUUCGUGUUCGAAGCCCUGGUUACGUACGUGGAGAGUCUGGCCUUGGCCCACGCAGACGACAGGUCCUUGGGUACGGCCCAGCAGUGCUGCGAUGCUGUUGACCACCUCGCGCGCAUCAUUGAGAAGAAGCACGUUUCUUUAAACAAAGCAAAAAACCGACGUCGGCCCCGAGGGUUUCCACCUGCGGCAUCCUUGUGCUUAUCGGAUGUGGUCCUGUGGCUGUUCGCCCAUUGCGGGAGACCCCAGACAGAAUGUCGACACAAAUCCAUAGAACUCUUUUAUAAAUUUGUUCCGUUAUUGCCAGGCAACAAAUCCCCUUCCUUGUGGCUGAGAGACGUUAUCCAGAAAGAAGAUAUUUCCUUUCUCAUAAACACAUUUGAAGGGGGAGGAGAGACUUGCGAUAGGCCGUCUGGCAUCCUCGCUCAGCCCACCCUCUCCCACCUGCGAGGGCCUUUCAGCCUGCGUGCGGUGCUGCAGUGGAUGGACAUGCUGCUGGCGGCGCUGGAGUGCUACAACACCUUCCUGGGCGCGAGGACCCUCGAGGCGGCCCAGAUCAUAGGUCCUGACACACAGUCUUCCCUCUGGAAAGCGGUGGCUUUCUUUUUAGAAAGCAUUGCUCUGCAAGAUAUUUCGGCCGCAGAGAAGUGCUUUGGAGCCAGGGCAGCGGGUGAGAGACCCAGCCCGCAGGAGGGAGAAAGAUACAACUACAGCAAGUGCACAGCCGUGGUCCGCGUCCUGGAGUUCUGUACCACGCUGCUUGGCAUCUCUACGGACGCCGCCUGGAAGCUCCUUGGGACCGGUUCAUGCAGCACAAACCUCAUGAGGCUCCUGGUGACCACACUGUGUGCGCCCUCGAGUGUGGGCUUCAAUGUUGGAGACGUCCGGGUGAUGGACCACCUCCCCGACGUAUGCGUGGGCCUGCUGAAGGCCCUGAAGCCAUCCCCGUACUGCGACGCGCUGGAGACGCUUCUCAGGGCGGAAGUCCCAGCCCGGAGCAUUGAGGAGCUCUGUGCCGUUGACCUGUACUGCCCUGAUGCCCAUGUGAGCAGGGCCAGGCUGGCUUCUGUCGUGUCCGCUUGUAAGCAGCUGCACAGAGCUGGCUUCCUGCACGUGACAGCGCCAUCACAGUCUACAGAGCAGCAGCACUCUCCUGGUACAGAGCUGCUCUCCCUGGUUUAUAAAAGCAUCGCACCUGGAGUUGAAGGGCAGUGCCUGCCUUCCCUGGACCCCAGCUGCAGGCGACUGGCCAGUGGGCUUCUGGAGUUGGCCUUCGCGUACGGAGGACUGUGUGAGCGUCUCGUGGGUCUCCUACUGGACACGGCGGUGGUGUCCAUGCCGGUUUCAGGGGCAUCCAAGAGGGGCAUCGUCACCUUCUCCCACGGACAGUAUUUUUACAGCUUGUUCUCAGAAACAAUCAACACCGAAUUGUUGAAGAACGUAGAUCUUGCUGUUUUGGAGCUCUUGAAAUCAUCUGUGGAUAAUCCCAAAAUGGUGAGUGCCGUUUUGAAUGGUCUGCUCGAUCAGAGCUUCAGGGACCGAGGCAGUCAGAAGCAGCAGGGGCUGAAACUGGCCAGUACCAUCCUGCAGCACUGGUGGAGGUGUGACGCGUGGUGGGCCGAGGGCUCUGCUCCCGACGGUAAAAUGGCAGUGCUGACCUUACUGGCAAAAAUUUUGCAGAUUGAUUCUUCUGUAACUUUUAAUGCAAAUCACAGCUCAUUCCCGGAAGUUUUUACAACGUACCUUAGCCUCCUUGCUGAUUCGGAUUUGGGUCUACAUUUAAAGGGCCAGGCUGUGGUCCUCCUCCCCUUCUUUACCAGCGUCCCGUGCGGCCGUCUCGAGGAGCUGAGGUGCGUUCUUGAGAAGCUCAUCGUCUCCAGUUUCCCUAUGAAGUCUGAAGAAUUUCCCCCGGGGACUCUGCGGUACAAUAACUAUGUGGACUGUAUGAAAAAGUUUCUAGACGCAUUGGAAUUAUCUCAAAGUCCCAUGUUGUUGCAGUUGAUGACAGAGAUUCUUUGUCGGGAGCAGCAGCAUGUUAUGGAAGAAUUAUUUCAAUCCACUUUCAGAAAGAUCGCCAGAAAGAGUUCAUGUGCCACACAGCUAGGCCUUCUGGAAAGUGUCUACAGAAUGUUCCGGAGGGACGACCUACUUUCCAGUGUUACUCGCCAAGCAAUUGUGGACCGAGCUCUUCUCACUCUGUUGAGGCACUGUGACUUGAGGGCUUUGAGAGACUUUUUUAGCAGAAUCGUGGUGGAUGCCAUUGAUGUGUUGAACUCCAGAUUUAUGAAGCUGAAUGAGUCUGCCUUUGACACUCAGAUCACCAAGAAGAUGGGCUAUUAUAAGAUGCUCGACGUCAUGUACUCUCGUCUCCCGAAAGAUGAUGUUCACUCUAAGAAAUCUGAGAUCAAUCAAGUGUUUCACGGCUCGAGUAUUACAGAAGGAAAUGAACUGACAAAGGCACUUAUUAAGCUGUGCCAUGACGCCUUCUCGGAGAACAUGGCAGGGGAGACACGGCUGCUGGAGAGGAGGCGGCUGUACCACUGCGCUGCCUACAACUGCGCCAUCUCGGUGGUCUGCUGCGUCUUCACCGACCUCAGGUUUUACCAGGGCUUCCUGCUCAGCGAGAAGCCAGAGAAGAACUUGCUCAUUUUUGAAAACCUGAUAGACCUGAAGCGCUGCUAUACAUUUCCUGUAGAAGUGGAGGUUCCCAUGGAAAGAAAGAAGAAGUAUAUCGAAAUUCGGAGAGAAGCCAGGGAAGCGGCAAGUGGGGAUUCAGGCAACCCCCAGUAUAUGUCAUCCUUGUCACAUCUGGCAGACAGUAGCCUGAGUGAGGAAAUGAGUCAGUUUGAUUUUUCAACGGGAGUUCAGAGCUACUCAUACGGGUCCCAGGACCCUAAAUCCACUGCUGGUCGUCUCCAGAAACAGGAGCGCAGAGAUGCCGCCGUCCUUAGCGACGUGCUGGAGAUGGAGAUGGACGAGCUGAACCAGCACGAGUGCAUGGCCCGGAUGGUGGCCCUGCUCAGGCACAUGCAGACGGUCCAGGCCGAGCAGACAGGAGAAGAGGGUUCAGUGCUGAGCGAUCUUCCUCCUUGGAUGAAAUUUCUUCGUGACAAACUAGGAAAUCCAUCGGUAUCAUUAAAUAUCCGUCUCUUCUUAGCCAAGCUUGUUAUUAAUGCAGAAGAAGUCUUCCGGCCUCAUGCCAAGCACUGGCUCGGCCCCCUGCUGCAGCUAGUAGUCUCUGAAAACAACGGCGGGGAUGGGAUACACUACAUGGUGGUUGAGAUUGUGGCAACGGUCCUUUCAUGGACAGGAAUAGCUACUCCUGCGGGGGUCCCUAAAGAUGAAGUGUUAGCAAAUCGAUUGCUCCAUUUCCUAAUGAAACAUGUUUUUCAUCCAAAAAGAGCUGUGUUUAGACAUAACCUCGAAAUUAUAAAAACCCUCGUUGAGUGCUGGAAGGAUUGUUUAUCCGUCCCUUACAGGUUAAUAUUUGAAAAGUUUUCCAGUGAAGAUUCUAAUUCUAAAGACAACUCAAUCGGAAUUCAGUUACUAGGCAUUGUAAUGGCCAAUAACUUGCCCCCCUAUGACUCAAAAUGUGGCAUAGAAAGUAUGAAAUACUUCAAAGCUUUGGCCAGUAACAUGUCCUUUGUGAGGCAUAAGGAGGUGUAUGCGGCAGCAGCCGAAGCGCUGGGCCUCGUGCUUCGCCGUCUGGCUGAGGGAGAAAGCAUGCUGGAGGAGUCUGUAUGUGAACUGGUGGUGACACAGCUGAAGCAACUUCAGAACAGGAUGGAGGACAAAUUUAUUGUGUGCUUGAACAGAGCCACGAAGAACUUCCCUUCCCUGGCUGACAGGUUCAUGAACACCGUCCUCUUCCUGCUGCCGAGGUUCCACGGGGUGAUGAAGACGCUCUGUCUGGAGGUGGUGCUGUGUCGUGCGGAGCAGAUCACUGACCUGUACUUGCACUUGAAGAGCAAGGAUUUUGUUCAGAUUAUGAGACACAGAGAUGACGAGAGACAGAAAGUGUGUUUGGACAUAAUUUACAAGGUGAUGGCGAAGUUGAAGCCCGUGGAGCUCCGUGAACUCCUGAGCCCCGUGGUGGAGUUCCUCUCCCACCCGUCCACCCGGUGCCGCGGGCAGAUGUAUGACAUCCUAAUGUGGGUCCACGACAAUUACCGAGACCCAGAGAGUCAAGCAGAUGGUGAUUCCCAGGAAGUGUUCAAGUUGGCGAAAGACGUGUUGAUUCAGGGAUUGACUGAUGAGAACCCCGGGCUCCAGUUAAUUAUUCGGAACUUCUGGAGCCAUGAAACUAGGUUGCCUUCAAGGACCUUGGACCGCUUGCUGGCACUAAAUUCCUUAUAUUCUCCCAAGAUAGAAAUGCACUUCUUAAGCUUAGCAACAGAUUUUCUGCUCGAAAUGACCAGCAUGAGCCCUGAUUUCCGGAACCCCAUGUUUGAGCACCCUCUGUCAGAGUGUGAGUUCCAGGAGUGUGCCAUCCGCCCUGACUGGCGUUUCCGCAGCACCGUCCUCACGCCGCUGUUCGUGCACACGCAGGCCUCCCAGAGUGCAGUGCAGACCCGGACCCAGGCCGGGCCCCCCUCGGCUUGGGGGGUGAUGGCCGGGCAGGUCCGGGCCACCCAGCAGCAGCAUGACUUUACCCCUACGCAGAGCUCAGGGGGAAGAGGCUCCUACCACUGGCUGACUGGGGGCAGCAUUGACCUGCUGGGGGAUGACAUGGCCUCUGCUGAAGAGUCCUCGUCCUCGUCCUUGCUCUUUGCCCACAAGAGGCCUGAGAGGUCGCAGAGAGCCACCUUGAUGUCGGUGGGACCUGACUUUGGGAAGAAGAGGCUGGGUCUUCCGGGCGAUGAGGUGGACAGUGGAACGAAAGGUUCAGAUAAUCGGGCAGAAAUACUGAGGUUACGCAGACGAUUUCUAAAGGACCGAGAAAAGCUGAGUUUGAUUUAUGCCAGGAAAGGUGUUAAUGAGCAAAAGAGAGAGAAGGAGAUCCAGAGUGAGCUGAGGCUGAAGCAUGAGGCCCAAGUGGUCCUGUACAGGAGUUACCGCCACGGAGAUCUUCCCGACGUCCAGAUUCCCCACAGCAGCCUGAUCGUCCCCUUGCAGGCCGUGGCCCAGAGAGACCCGAUAGUCGCCAAGCAGCUCUUUGUCAGCCUGUUUUCCGGGAUCCUGAAGGAGACGGACAAGUCCAAGGCCGCAGCUGAGAGACUCAGCAUCGCUCAGCAGCUGCUCCAGGACCUCACACGCUUCCUUGGCACCACCUUCUCCUUCUUUCCGCCCUUUGUCUCCUGCAUCCAGGAGGUCAGCUGCCGACACACCGACCUGCUGAGCCUCGACCCGGCCUGCGUCAGUGUGGGUGGCUUGGCCAGCCUGCAGCAGCCCGGGGCCAUCCGCCUCCUAGAGGAGGCCCUGCUGCACCUGACGCCCCAGGAGCCUCCUGCCAAGAGGGCUCGGAGGAGACCCAGCCUCCCUCCAGAUACUGUCCGAUGGAUGGAACUCGCCAAACUGUAUAGGUCGAUUGGAGAAUAUGACAUCCUCCGAGGUAUUUUUAGCAGCGAGAUAGGAACAAAGCAGAUCACUCAGGACGCAUUAUUAGCAGAAGCAAGAAGUGAUUAUUCUGAGGCUGCGAGGCUGUAUAACGAGGCUCUCAAUAAACAAGAAUGGGCAGACGGGGAGCCAGCAGAAGCCGAGAAGGACUUUUGGGAGCUGGCGUCCUUGGACUGUUACAACCAGCUUGCCGAGUGGGGCUCGCUGGCCUACUGUUCCACGGCCACGGUGGACGGCGCCAGCCCCCCAGACCUGACCAAGGUGUGGAGCGACCCUUUCUAUCAGGAGGCCUGCCUGCCUUCCAUCAUGCGCAGCAAGCUGAAGCUGCUGCUCCAGGGCGCGGGCGACCAGACCCUGCUGAGCUUCGUGGACCAGGCUGUGACCUCAGAGCUGCACAAGGCCCUGCUGGAGCUGCACUAUAGCCAGGAGCUGAGCCUGCUGUACCUCCUGCAGGAUGAUGUCGACAGAGCCCAGUACUACAUUGAGAAUUGCAUUCAGGCAUUUAUGCAGAAUUAUUCCAGCAUUGAUGCCCUCUUGCACAGAAGUAGACUCACCAAAUUGCAGUCUGUACAGACUUUCAUAGAACUUCAGGAGUUUAUCAACUUUAUUAGCAAACAAGGUAAUUUAUCGUCCCAAGUUCCCCUUAAGAGACUCCUAAAAACCUGGACAAAUAGAUACCCAGAUGCAAAAACAGACCCGAUGACCAUCUGGGAUGACGUCAUCACGAACCGUUGUUUCUUCCUCAGCAAGAUAGAGGAGAAGCUUGCUCUGCUUCCAGACGAUGCAGAUGUGGGUGUGGACGGAGGUGGGGGCCCUGGGCACCAGGUGGAGAAGGAGGCUCAGUCUCUGAUCUCAAGCUGCAAGUUCUCCAUGAAGUUGGAAAUGAUAGCGGGUGCGAGAAAGCAGAGCAACUUCUCCCUCGCCAUGAAACUGCUGAAGGAGCUGCACAGAGAGGCCAGGACGAGGGACGACUGGCUGGCGCGGUGGGUGCAGAGCUACUGCCAGCUCAGCCACAGCCGUGCCCGGGCCCAGCGCCCAUCCGAGCAGCUCUGCACAGUGUUGAGGACCGUCUCCCUGCUGGCAGGUGAGAGCACUCUGAGCGACUCAAGUGGGAACCUUCCAUCCUCCUGGGACCAGAACGUUCUCCUGGGCACAACGUACCGGAUCAUGGCUGACGCGCUCAGCAGCGAGUCCGCCUGCCUUGCAGAAAUCGAGGCGAGCAAGGCCAGAAGGGUCGUGGAGCUUUCUGGAUCCAGCUCAGAGGGCACAGAGGAGGUGGCUGCAGGUCUGUACCAGAGAGCCUUCCACCACCUCUCGGAGGCUGUGCGGACAGUGGAGGAGGAGGCCGGGCCUUCCACGCAGGGCCAGGGGCCCGUGGCAGCGAUGAUAGAUGCCUACCUGACGCUGGCCGAGUUCUGUGACCAGCAGCUCCGCACGCAGGAGGAGGGCCCGGCCGUCUUCCGGUCUGCAGACGUGCAGGCAUAUCCAGCCCGCGUGGUGGACAGUACACUGAAAGCUCUGAAGUUAGACUCCAGCGAAGCCCGGCUGAAGUUCCCCAGGCUCCUGCAGAUAGUGGAGCAGCAUCCAGAGGAGACCCUGAGCCUGAUGACAAGAGAGAUUUCAUCCAUUCCUUGCUGGCAGUUCAUCGGCUGGAUCAGCCAUAUGGUGGCCUUGCUGGACAAGGACGAAGCCAUCGCUGUCCAGCGCACUGUGGAGGACAUUGCUGACCACUACCCACAGGCCAUCAUCUACCCAUUCAUAAUAAGCAGCGAAAGCUAUUCCUUCAAAGGCACUUCCGCUGGUCAUAAGAACAAGGAAUUUGUGGCAAGGAUUAAGGCUAAGUUGGACCGAGGAGGAGUGGUUCAGGACUUCAUUAACGCCCUGGAGCAGCUGUCCAACCCCGACAUGCUCUUUCAGGACUGGAUGGAGGACAUGAAGGUUGAACUAGAGAAAACCCCUGUCAAUAAAAAGAAGAUUGAGAAGAUGUAUGAAAGAAUGUACGCAGCCUUGGGAGACCCACAGGUCCCGGGCCUGGGGAGCUUUCGAAGGCGGUUUAUUCAGGCUUUUGGAAAAGAAUUUGAUAAGCACUUUGGACGAGGAGGUUCCAAGCUGCACGGCAUGAGGCUCCAAGACUUCAGUGUCAUCGCCAGCUCACUGCUUGAGAGGAUGGGCAGGGCCUCAAAGGCGCCGGGGAACCUGAAGGAGUUCUCGCCCUGGCUGAGUGACUUCCGGGCAGAGGCCCUGCGCGACGAGCUGGAGGUUCCUGGUCAGUACGACGGCGGAGGGAAGCCGCUGCCUGAGUACCACGCGCGCAUCGCCGGGUUUGACGAGCGGGUGAAAGUAAUGGCUUCUCUCCGGAAACCGAAGCGCAUCGUGGCCCAUGGUCACGACGAGCGGGACUACCCCUUCCUGGUGAAGGGCGGUGAGGACCUGCGGCAGGACCAACGCGUUCAGCAGCUGCUCCAGGUCAUGAACGGCGUGCUGGCCCGCGACGCCGCCUGCAGCCAGAGGGGCCUGCAGCUGGAGACGUACCGUGUGGUACCCAUGACCUCCAGACUGGGGCUGAUCGAGUGGAUUGAAAAUACUUGCACCUUGAAGGAGUUUCUUAUGAGCAACAUGUCCCAGGAGGAGAAGGCGGCUUACACCAGUGGCCCCACAGCACCAGCCCAUGAUUAUAGAAACUGGCUGAUGAGGAUGUCUGGGCGGCGGGACCCUGGUGCCUACAUGCUCAUGUUUAAGGGAGCAAGUCGCACUGAGACAGUCACAUCUUUUAGAAAAAGAGAGAGUCAGGUGCCAGCCGACCUCUUAAAGCGGGCCUUCCUGAGGAUGAGUACCGGCCCCGAGGCCUUCCUGGCUCUCCGCUCUCACUUCGCCAGCUCCCACGCGCUCCUGUGCGUUGGCCACUGGAUUCUGGGCAUCGGAGACAGGCAUCUGAACAACUUCAUGGUGAGCUUGGAGACGGGCGGCGUGAUUGGAAUUGACUUUGGACACGCAUUUGGAUCAGCCACCCAGUUUCUGCCGGUGCCCGAGUUGAUGCCUUUUCGCCUGACUCGCCAGUUCAUCAACCUCAUGUUACCGCUAAAAGAAACGGGGCUUGUGUGCAGUGUCAUGGUGUGUGCGCUGAGGGCCCUGCGCGCACGCCCAGACCUGCUCAUCACCACCAUGGAUGUGUUUGUGAAGGAGCCGUCCUUCGACUGGAGGAAUUUUGAACAGAAAAUGCUGAAAAAAGGAGGCUCGUGGCUUCAAAAAGUAAAUGUGACUGAAAAAAACUGGUACCCCCGGCAGAAGGUACAUUACGCGAAGAGAAAGUUAGCAGGUGCCAAUCCAGCCGUUAUUACUUGUGAUGAGUUAUUUCUGGGCCAUGAGAAGGCGCCUGCUUUCAGAGAUUAUGUCGCCGUAGCUCGAGGAAGCAGUGAUCACAACGUUCGGGCCCAGGAGCCAGAGAGUGGACUUUCAGAAGAGGUGCAGGUCAAGUGCCUCAUUGACCAGGCAACAGACCCCAACAUCCUUGGCAGAACUUGGGAAGGGUGGGAACCCUGGAUGUGAGGUCCAGAUGAGUCAGCAGAUCGGGCACAGCGAGUGUUUGAAGUGUGCCCUGAACUUUGAGCGAUCCGUGAGCUGCGCUUCCUGAAGAGGAGUCUGUUUAGUGACACACUCCUGUAUGACAAGUUUAAUCAAGGUCAUGACAGAGAAGUGAGUGCUGGUGUGUGUACAGGGUUGGGUCAUCAUCACAGAUUAGGCUUAGGGCUCACAUGGAUGUUUAAGAGAGAAGCAUAUAGCCAGCCUCCUGCCAGCACUGGAUGAAGGGUAUCACAGGUUACCAAUGCCAGGACUGGGGGAGACGGUGUGUGUGUGUGUGGGCAUUCCAUGCAGUGUUCCCACUGGUAAUUACCCAGGAGACUUGCUCCCUGAGACUUUGUGACAGUAACUGGGAGGCUGUUAUAUUGUAUUAGGAACACAGAGAUAAGAACAGGUCAGGCUCUGAUUAUGGCUUAUCAUAUAUAAAAAUGAUUGUAUUUGACAUUUUAGGAUAACUUUGUAGGGUUUUUUCUUUCACUUUAUUUUCUUCUAGUUUUGAUCUUUUAUGACAGAAUUGCUCUCGAGCAGAGAGAAGAUGUAGGAGGUAAAAACCUCAGUCUUGGAGUUUCUGUCGUGGCGCAGUGGUUAAUGAAUCCGACUAGGAACCAUGAGGUUGCGGGUUCAGUCCCUGCCCUUGCUCAGUGGGUUAAGGAUCCGGUGUUGCUGUGAGCUGUGGUGUAGGUUGCAGAUGUGGCUCGGAUCCCGCUUUGCUGUGGCUCUGGCGUAGGCCGGGGGCUACAGCUCCGAUUAGACCCCUAGCCUGGCAACCUCCAUAUGCCACGGGAGCGGCCCAAGAAAUGGCAAAAAGACAAAAAAACAAAACAAAACAAAACAAAACCCUCGGUUUUGGUGUGCACUCUUGCUGCUUUGAUCACAAUAGCAGGGAGAGAAAGGGCUUUGCAUCCCAGACUCAGGAGAAGUUCAGAAAUUUCAAGUAUGACAAGAGGGGUGACACUAAGCAUUCCAGUUCUAGGAAAAUAAAAGAAAUGCUUGUUGAAAUGAGUCUUCUUUGGAGAUAAAACAUGCAUUCUAGAGCAGUAAGAUCAAGUUAAAAAUGAAGAAAUGACUUUCUCUACGUCACAGAGCCUCUGGCUCUGCCCCAGCCCUCCCCACCGGGAGCCACACCCACGUCGCCUGGAGGGUCCCAGGCUGGGGGUGGAAUGUGAGCUGUAUCCACCGGCCUUCACCCCACAGCCACAGCAAUACAGAAUCCAAGCUACACCUGCAACCUACGCCGAAGCUCGCUGCAACACCAGAUAACCUGCUGAGUGGGGCCAGGGAUCAAACCCUCAUCCUCGUGGAGUCUAGUCAGGUUCAUUACCACUGAGCCACAAUGGGAACUCUGGCUUUGAGCUUUUUGUGUUUUUCCAACACUUAUAGUUAGAAACUUCUGUAUGAUUUUGAGAAAUAGUAACUCUUAAGAACAUUAAAGCUUUUUUUUUUUUUUAACCCACAGUAGUGUAUAGCUUUUAUGCUAUGUCAAAAGCAAAAAUGUUCAUCUUAUAAAUUAUUUCAUUAUAUUAUUUAACAAACUUAUUCUGAUAAAUACAGGUUUAUGGCAUUAUGGCAUUAAAAUAAGCCUUUAUCAACAAAUAGUGUCUAUUCAUUGAAAGAAAUUUUUUAUUUUAAACAAAAAAGUGAUCAUGGUUUGAAAAACAGUACCUACACAUAUGAGCUAGUAAAUGUGUUUUUGCUAUAGCAAAACAAGCCACUUUAGUGUUGAGUGUUGUAUUUUGUUUUCUGUAACAACUAACCAUAAUUUUUCCUUGAGUCUUGACAAUGCUAGAUUUGUUCCCUGAUCCCUGUAUCAUGGGAACCCCCUUUCUCAGGGACUACUUUUUGUAUCAAUAAAAGUUCAUCAUGACGGAUGAAUGUGUGUCUGAGGCCAUUCUCAACAUUCUCUUCUUGAAAAUUCAGCGGGACCCCAUGACAGUGAAGUGAAUAAUACAAAGUUGAUUUUUUGCAGCAUCCUGAAAUCCUCGCCAGUCACUUGGGGUGGGCAGUGCUCCACACUGAGGGUUUGUGUCCUGCUCACACUUUGGUUCACACUUAAGCUCUGUGAUCCCUGCUGAAUAAAGAUGCUUGGCUUGGAAAACAGGAAGUAAAAGACAUCUCUACUGAUUAUAAGGAAACCUGAAAAUAUUAAGCAUAUUUUUAUUAAGUUAUUAAAGCAUUUUAAUAUUUUUAUCUCUUUUCUUUUUAUGGCCACACCUGUGGCAUAAGGAAGUUCCCAGGCUGACUAAUGACCAGUAACUUCUGCAAAGGUGGAUAUUUUUGAACUUUGGAGUACUCGCUGUGUGUUCAAGUGAAAGCCCAGCUUUGGGGGUGGUACUUACUCUCUCUGAACAUUAUGAAAUUGAGGAAUUUAAGGAUUGGCUAUUUGAAAAGCAAAGGCCACUAGAGUUUGGUUUGAUUAAUUUCUUUCAGCAUUGGUUUGUAAUUUUUACUAGUUUUUGGUGUUUCUACUUUUCAGUUUCCUUGUUUAAAUUUAUUCCUAGGUAUUUUAUUCCUUUGGAUGCUAUUAUAUCUUGUAUUAUAUAGUUUCCUAAUUUCUGUUUUGGAUUGUUCAUUGCUACUGUACAGGAACACAUUUUUUUUUUCUUUUCUUUUUAGGACUGUACCUGUGGUAUACACAAGUUCAUGGGCUAGGGGUUGAAUCAGAGCUUCACCUGCAGUCCUACACCACAGCCACAGCCACACCAUUUCCAAGCCACAUCUGCGAUCUAUGCUGCAGCUUGUGGCAACACCUGAUCCUUAACUCACUGAGCAAGGCCAGGGAUUGAACCUAUGUCCUCAUGGAUAAUAGUCUAGUUCUUAACCUGCUGAGCCACAACAGGAACUCCUUUAUUUUUCAUUUUUUUCUUUUAGUUCCCAGACUGGGGACUGAAUCGGAACUGCAGCCACCAGCCUAUGCCAAAGCUAUAGCCACAUAGGAAAAACAACUGACUUUGUGUGUUGGUCUUUUCUCCUGAAAUUUUGCUGAAUUAAUUUAUUAGCUCUAGUACUCAUUUUGUAUAUUCUUUGGGAUUUUCUAUAUAGAGGAUCACUGACUAUGAUGGAGGUAGUUUUACUUCUUCUUUUCCAGUUUGAAUGCCAUUUCUUUUUUUUCCUUGAUUGAUUUGGUUGGAACUCCCAGUAUUGAAUAACAGUGGUGAAAGUGGGCGUCCUUGUUUCUGAUGUGAAGGGAAAGUUUUAACCUCUCACCAAUGAAUAUGAUCUUAGCUAUGGGUUUUCAUAAAUGUCAAGUUGAGGAAGUCCAUUCUAAGUUGCUCCAUAUUUUUAUCGAGAAAUAGUGUUGAAUUUUGUCAAAUGCUUUUUUUUUUUGCAUCAGUUGAGAUGAACCUGUGUUUUUUCUCUCUUGUCUGCUAAUGUUACCAUAACUGAUAUUCGAUGUUGAGCCCCCGCCUCCUCCACAUUGCUAAGACAAAUCCCACUUGGCCAUGAUGAGUAAUCCUUUUGACAUGCUAUAGUAUUCGAUUUCCUAGCACUUUGUGGAGGAUUUUUGCAUUAGUGUUCAUAAGGGGUAUUAUUGGUCUGUAGUUUUCUUAUAGAACCUCUUUGACUUUGCUUUCAGAGGAUGAGUUAGGGAGUUUUCCCUUCUCUGAUAUUUUCUGGAAGAGUUUGAGAAAAACUUGCGUUGAUUUUCAUUCAGUGCUUUGUAGAAUUUGCCAGCAAAAGCAUCCUUUCCUUUGGAGAGGUUUUUUUUUUUUUAAUUAUUACUAUUUCUAAUUAAAUCUCUUAUUGCAGAUCUAUCCAGAUUUUCUAUUUCUUUAAAUUAUUCAAUGAAUUUUAUUACAUUUAUAGGUAUACAACAAUCAUCACAACCAAAUUUUGUAGCAUGUGUUUUUUAAUUUCUGCAUGUGUUUUUUAACUAUUCCCAACACUAUUUGUUGAAAAGAUUUUGCUUUUCUCACUCUUGGCUCCCUUAUCAAAUAUUACUUGACCAUAUAUGUGAGGAGUUAAUUCUGGGGGCACUAUUCCAUUGGGUCUAUGUGUCUGUUUUUGUUGCAGAUCUCAUACUGUUUUAAUUACUGUUGCUUUCUACUAUAGUUUGAAAUCAAGAAGUGUGAUGGAUCUGGGUUUGUUUUUUUCUCAUCACUGCUUUGGCUAUUUGGGGGGGGGGCUUUUGUGGUUCUGUAUAAAUUUUAGAAUAGUCAUUUUUAUAUUUCUGUGAAAAAUGCCAUUGUGAUUUGUAGAGAGAUUGCCCUGACUGUAUAGAUGGCUUUGGGUAGCAGGAAAAUUUCCAGUGUUACCUCUUCCAUCUGAUAAAUGCAAGAUGUCCUUCCACUUCUUGGUGUCUUUUUGGGUUUCUUAUAAUUUUCAUUGUAUAGAUCUUUCAUUUCCUUGUUAAAAUUUAUUCCUAGACAUUUUAUACUGUUUUUUAUGCUGUAGGACAGUUUUCUUUUGCAGAUGUUUCUCAGUAUAUAGAAAUGAAGCUUAUUCUGUGUGUUGAUAUUU